CAUAAUUAAUUAUUUACCAUUAAAUUACAUAGGUCCUGGAUAGAGUCCUAAAUUAUUCACAGGUGGUUGGAUCCCUAAAAUUUAUAUAUUAGAAGUAACAAUAUUAUUUUCUUAUGUAUAUCUCUAUUAUUCCUUAAGUUAAACAAACAAUGAAGGAAGUUAUUAAUUGGUAAUAUUUUGCUAUGCAAGUGUUUAAUGAGGGACUAAAAUUUUAUUGCCUAAUUCUGAGCAAAUUAAAAGAUCAAAAGAAUCUAAAUAUUUAUUCAUAGAUCUAUUGACCAUAGACUUAAGAAUUUGGACAUUGAAUUGGAAAGUCUUUCCCAUCAUAAUGGACUUGUAAUUGCAUCUAUUUCUAUUAAAAAAUAUUAAUAAAAAUUAGAUCAAUUAACUUAUGACUUUAAUAGAAAAACCUUAUAGAAAUUCUAAAUUUAUAUUAAAGUAUUAUCAUUUUUUUUGCUUGAUGAGCUAUCAAAAAAUGUUAGUGAAAAUUAUAUAUUUUUUAUUUAUAAAAAUGGAACCUCUUACUAUUGCUUGUGUUUUUGCGAUUUUUGGUAUUCUUAUUAAAAUUACCAUGGAUAAUGGCGAUUAACAUAAUCAAAGAUACCUAGUCGAUAAAGACUACGAAAUAAAUAAGGAGAAAUUUAAAGAAAUUUUUGGAUCUCAUAUUUCAUAUCAUCUUUCCUAAUUAGAGAAGUAAGAUAUAAAUAUUAAUUAUCAAUUUAUUGAUGAAUAGUUUUUGAAAGCCAAUCUGACUCAUAUAAAUUUAAAAGAUUUUCAAUAUGAUGAAAAUCAAAUAGAUAUUGAAUUCGAACAAUAGAACAAUACAAUCCUAAUAAUGGUACCUAUCUAAUAAUUUGAUUUAAUGGUUCAUCUUGAAUUAUGGAACAUUUUCACUAAUUCAUCAAAAUAACUAAAUUUUCAUUUUAAAGUUAAGAAUCUAUAAAUCAAGAUUAGAUAUAAGUUCGAUGGUGCAUAUAUGGUGUUUGUGGAUAAAUGGUUUCCGAAAUUCAAAUUUGGAUAAUUCGAAUUUGUAGAUGAUGAAGAAAAUGCUAAAUAUUCAAAAAAAAAGAAAAUAAUAGAUUGGUUGUUGUAUAAAUUUCAUAAUUAUAUUGAAAAUACUAUUGUGUAAAAGUUAAUGAAGUCUUUAGAAUUUAGUUAAUUAAAUGCAAAUUUUUAGGGGCUUGGAUCAAAUAGGAAUAUCAACAAUAUAAGAUUGUUGAAUAAUUAGAAACUUUCAAUAACAAUUUAAUAGUAUAAUGAUGAGAUACUUUAGAUAGAUGGCUUAUUGAAAAAAAAGUGA